AUGGCUAUUUCUCCCUCUUUCAAUAUGAGUUGUUAUUUGUUAUGUGUAUCUAUCAUCUUAUUUAGCCUCUCAUUUACAAGUGCAAUCUCAUUAGUCUCCAAAGUUUGCGGCAUAACCCAAAACCCUUCCCAAUGUAACCAAGUUUUGGGCUCUAAUCCUCGGGCAGCCAAAGCAGAUCUCAAGGGUCUGGGCUACAUAUCGAUCGACAUAGCCUUGUCCAAUGCCAAACAAUCAUUCGGCUAUGUUUCUUCUCUAGUCAAGACGACUACAGAUUCAACGCUCAAGGGCAGGUAUGAUACGUGUGCAGAGAACUAUGACGACACUGUGGACAGCCUUAGCCAAUGCAAGACGUUCUUGGACAAUGGCGACAUUUCGAGCUUUCGAACCUAUGCCUCUGCUGCUCUUACUGAUAUCGAUACAUGCGAAGACAGCUUUGAAGGCCCGCCGGCUGCACCGGCUAAACUAGACUUGGCUAAUAAAAAGUUGUCGGGACUCAUUAGUAUUGUUUUAGCUGUAGGAGCCCUCUUGGAUGGCCAGUAA